AUGGAGAGAGAGCGCUACAAGAAGGUCAAGGAGCUAAGGGCCAACGACGCGACAAAAGAGGGACCUAGCUCCUCGAAGCGAAGCAGAUGCACCAUCUACUCGCCCAAUGACCUUCGGCAGUCAGCCAAGAAGGCUAAGGCCUCCCAUACAACCACUUCUCCAGUGGAAGUAGUUACGAAUCCAGGUGUUCAGGACAAUGAACCCGACAUGUCGAAGCAGGUGUCCUACAUGGACAUCACGGCGGCAUGCAAGGUUGCCAUUACUAAUGCCAAACACCCGGAUGCUAAGCUAAGCGAGGAGGAAAUCUCGCUGAUAAGAAGUCUGCUCGCAGAGAUGGACAAAGCCAAAAACCUCAAUGUGAGUCUUGGGUUCAUCAGCAGUGUGGUACGCGAUGGUUGGCUUUCGCUCACUUGCCACAACAAGGAGACAAGAGGUUGGCUCGUUGCUGUGACAGCUGGGCCGUCCCCAGGCGCAGAUCUGAAGGUGUCACAGGGCAAUGAUAUUCCCAUGACCUUUGUCUGUGUUGCUAACGUGCCACCUGAUGACGCAUUACCGGCGGACCAUCUUAUGAAGCGCCUAGCCACACAAAAAGUGGCCAUGAACUUUGCGGGUUCCUGGCGCCUUGGUUGGGUAUUAUGUGACAUUUGGAUAUCACUGGAUGUGUUGCUAUGCACGGCGUCUAUAUUGAGCCUCUGUGCUAUUAGUGUUGAUAGGUACUUGGCAGUUACGCAACCUUUGACAUACUCACGCAAAAGGCGCUCAAAGCGUUUGGCAUUCUGUAUGAUUUUGAUUGUCUGGGUGUUGGCAUUGGCUAUCACCUGCCCACCAAUGCUAGGUUGGUAUGAGCCGGGGCGACGUGAUCUAAAUGAGUGCCGCUACAACCAGAACGAAGGAUAUGUGAUUUUCUCUGCAAUGGGCUCAUUUUUCAUUCCAAUGGCUGUUAUGAUUUAUGUUUAUGCGAGAAUUUCAUGCGUCGUUGCAUCGCGCCAUGACCAUAUGGCAGACAUAAGUGUACAUAAUAAGAAAUUCAAGCGCUACACAGCCGCCGACGUUGAAGCUGACAUGGACCACGACUUUUCUGAACAGGAGCUUAGUUCGGGUCAGCGCAAGCAUACAGCUGCACGUACAUUAUCCAAUCCAACCCUUGCCAAGGAGUUACACGACAUGAUGCUGUCUGAAGGGGAGAGUGGUGUGGCGAAUGCGACGGCGGCAAUAAAUGGCAACGGAAAAGGCAGUGGCGGUGAGUCCUCCUCCCAUUGUCACUCACUUUUAACUCUCGCAACAGCCAAUACCAAGAAUAGUUGCUAUGAAUUAACGCGCCCAUCGUCCCUUAAACGAACGCCUACUUCGUCCUCCACAGUAACAGUAAUUACAAGCGGUUGUGGUGGUGCCAGCGGCACCAGUGGCGUCGGCGACACUCUAAAUGUUUCUGCAGUUGAUAGUGCGAGCGCCAGCGAUCAGCAUUGGCCUUCACGUACACUUAGCAUUCGGCAUCACCAUCACAUUGGCACGUCUAGCAGCACUUCAGGUAUAAGUGGAAACGUUUUGGUUGGUAAUGUGACCACAUUGCCAAAUCUGCAACCGGAAGCCGCUGCAUUGACGCGGCACACACGAAUCCAUCACCAUCACACUAAAUCUUUUUCGAACCGCGUCACUUCGCUUAAGAAGGAGAAUAAAACUACACAAACUUUGAGCAUUGUCGUUGGGGGCUUCAUCGCCUGCUGGUUGCCGUUUUUCAUCUACUAUCUUAUAACCCCCUUCCUAGAAGAGCAUGAAGUUAGCCGCACUCUGGCGAAGGGACUAACCUGGUUGGGGUGGUUCAACAGCGCCAUAAAUCCGUUCAUUUAUGCAUUCUACAGUGUUGACUUUCGUACGGCUUUCUGGCGGCUGACGUGCAAACGCUUCUUCAGUGGUUCUAUGAAACCGCAGUUUCCAACGAACACCAUGUCCAUUAGACGAUAGUUAUACGCUUUGCAUGCAUAUUACGCAUAGUUUAAUAAGCCACAUACGUACAUAUGUAGUUACAUGCAUAUGUAUGAUAGCAUGUUCAUGUACAAGUAAACAAAUACAUAUCGCUCAUUUACUUCAAUAGUGUCAUAACUAGACAUCGGUAUGAAAUUGCAUGUAUUUGUUUAGUAUCAAAGAGAUCCUGGACCAACACAGAAAUUCUAAACGUUGAUUUUUAAA